GUCUUAUCAUUUGCAAUGUUUCUGUCACGAUCGCAGCGCUUGCCGCGCUCCAACCAAUUUUAUUUAAAACUGAACAGGCUCCUUUUUGACGAUGCAACCAAAAUUUUGUCUUCAGACACUGUCGCUUCCAUUCCAUCGGAUAAGAAUUUUGUCGAUUACGUUUGGAAAGAUCACAAACAGUUUGAAAACAAAACUGCUUUUACUUGCGGCGUGAGCGGACGUAGCCUAACUUAUGGGCAAGCGUACGCUGCCAUCGAUCGGCUCAGUGCAAAUUUGCCGGCAGAAUUUGGACUACAGAGCGAAGAUAAUAUUGCUUUGUUGCUGCCCAACAUUCCAGAGUAUGCAAUAGCCUUCUUUGCCGCCGCUUCCACUGGGAUAGUGUCAAGUUUGAUCAACCCUCUGUACACAUCAUCUGAGCUGUGGAAGUUGUUGGCCCACUCGAAAGCCAAGGUGAUUAUCACGAUACCCCCGCUUUUGGACACCGUGAAAGAAGCAAUGGCAGAACUGCCUGGCGGCGGAUUGCCGGUUAUCCUGGUCGGCGGCGACGGCAGCCAAAAAGACACGGUCGACUUCAAAACCCUGGUGGCCAAAAGCACGAGGGCAGUCCGCCGACUAGAUAAGGCAUCCCCGCAGGCAAAUAUAGCGCUGCCCUUCUCCAGCGGCACCACCGGCGUGCCCAAGGGGGUUGUCAUAUCGCACUACAAUUUGGUCGCCCAGGCCGAGACCAUGCUCCACGCGAUUCCUGAUUACAAGACAGAACCACGAUCAACUGUAGCUGUGAUACCAUUUUUCCACAUUUACGGAUUGUCGAUGUUCAUGGGAUUUUCCUUGCGGCGAAGGAUGCAGGUAGUCUCACUGCCCAAGUUCGACCCUUCUACCUUCUUGCAUGCCUUGAAAACCUACAAGCCCUCACACCUGUUUCUCGUGCCACCCCUGGUGGAGCAUAUGUCGAGGUCACCACAGAUAACGCCAGAUGUGAUGGAAAACCUGAAGUUCGUCAGCACAGGUGCAGCGCCGAUCACCGGCCAAAUCGUGGAAGAGUUCUUGCAGAAAAGCGAGCAUAUCCAGCCAUUUUUCAUGAACGGAUACGGCCUGACGGAAACUGCAGGAGGGAUUAUAGUUACGUCGGAGACGGUGAAAUACGGCGAGUACGGGAUGCCCGUUGGAAAACUGUGUGCCAAUUGCGAAGCGAAAAUCGUGAACGAGACUGGAGAGGCUCUGCCCAUUGGGGAGGCUGGUGAGCUGUGGCUGCGCAGCCCAACUGUCAUGAAAGGGUACCUAGAAAACGAGGAGGCCACCAAGGAGAUCAUUACCGACGACGGCUGGCUCAGGACGGGUGACCAGGCGCGUUUUGAUUCCAGUGAAAACGUGUACAUCGUCGACAGGCUCAAAGAUAUAAUCAAAGUCAAGGGAUUUCAGGUGUCGCCGACCGAAAUUGAAGACGUGCUGAUCAAAAUGCCGGGGUUGGCCGACGUCGCCGUCAUAGGGGUGCCAGUCGAGGAUGGAGAGGGUCCAAAGGCUUUCGUCGUCAGAACAGCCGGUUCAAAAAUCACCGUGGAAGACGUGCACGCAUUCUUAGCAACAAAAGUGGCAAAAUUUAAGAAAUUGUCGGGUGGAGUUCAAUUUGUUGACCUAAUCCCGAGAAGUGCUGCUGGAAAAAUAUUGAAGAAAGAUCUUGAAUGAUUGUAUUUAAUAAAUUUCGUAAAUUACGAA